AUGUACUCUGAGCUCCCAAGGAACAAAUCCAAAGCUUGGCUGCCACCACCCUCCAACUUGAACACUCUGACUGCCUCCCCUCCAUGUGUAAAAUCAACAAAGUCCUCCAAUGCUUUCCUACAAGACAAAGUGCCAGACCAGCAAGUGCUUGAAGAUCCUGCAGCAGUGCUAAAAGCAAGAUUCGACCUCAAAGUUAAUCAAGAUGAUUUGAGCCUGGGGUGCUGUGCUGUCAUUCUCGAGGCUCUUCAAAAUCCUCAACCAAACACAUUUGUAAUCACCAAUGUUACACCUGCAGAGUAUGCUGUAACCUUAGCAUUUAUAUCGGAAGAGUCAGAUUGUGGCAUCAGAGCAAAAUUCAACUACUUCCAGGACACGCAAGAGCUUCAAAUCAUGACACCACUCCCUAUCCACAAACAACCAACCACACAUCUAUUCAAGGCCAUCACCAAAUACACUGACACUAUCCCUUACGACAAAUGA